GUUCGUUUCCUAGGAAACCUCCCUGCCGACGCCGGGAGCCGGUGGGACCAAGUUGCGAUUGGAAUCCGCGAUUUCUGCGGAGGAUUCCAGCUCGUCAGUACAUUUUCCCAUGGAUCCUGAACUGCUUUCAGAAAAUCUUCUGUAGUGGUGUGCAUCCAUUUGUAUUGGCACAGGAAGAAUUCUUCAUUGUCAGUAUUUAUUUAGUCAUUUUAGUGACUUGGGACUUUAAAUCCAGUUGUUGACUAUGGCUCAUCGAUUUUCUGAAGAAGACACAGAUGAGGAGUUUGAAAAGUUUUUGAAGGAGUCUCUUUCAGAUGAUUCACUUGGAAAUGAACCAAAGAAAAAAUCCAGUAUUCCUGAGACUAUGGGACAGGCUAGGCAUAAGAAGCAUUCUGUGCCAUGGUGGAUAUCUGAGGAAGAUUCAGAUGAUGGAAUACAUGGCAGAAGGGGUAGCUUUCUGAAGUCAAAAAGGCUUUCUCAUUCCAUUGUGGAAGUAGAUGAAGAUAAUGCAGAAGGCAUUCAGCUCCAACAACCUAAUGUUUCUGUCUCUUUAAGUAGGGAUAGCCUGGAAACUAAUGAUUCAGUUGUUGCUCUGGGGCCUGCUGAGAAUUGUUUGCUAGCCGGAUUGGAUACUUUGGAAGAACAAGAGGAAAAGGAGCAGUUCUUUGCUGAUCUUGAGAAGGGAGUAUCAUCUACUAUUGACUAUUCAAGAUUAAAUAAGGAGCUGGACUCCAAUAAUUCUGAAGAAUUACAAACAUUUCUAAGGAACCACCCAGAAGUAAACCGGUUGGAGGAAGGAAAUGACUGUGAACCUAAGGAUCAUGAAAAAUCUGGUGAUUAUAGUGAGGAUUUUGAAGACUCAGAAUCUAAUGAAGACCAGAAAGUUGAACAAGCUGUCAUGCCAGAAGUCAAUGAGGAAAAGACUGGCAUGCUGGCUAAAGUUCUUCUUCUUGAUUCCCAGGACUCAACUUUGGAUGCUCAAAAAGUCAAUGAACAGCAGGAUAUAGCUUUGGAAGAACAUUCACUACCUCAUGAAGCCACUGCAGAGGAAAUGAAUGGAACAGGUAUUUCCUGUGGUCAAACAAAUAGUGAUAUUGAAGCUUUGCAUCAGGCUUACUGCCACAUUGAGCAGUCUUUAGGAGAUACUGAUGAGCAAAAAAAUAAUGUUGAUAAAAUGAUAGCUGCAGAGAACUUGAUCAGAGAUGCUUCACAGGAUAAAGAAGACUGUCCCAGAAAUACCUCCGCUACCGAUUCUGAUUUGCCCACCAUAGAAGAACUGAUGAAACCUAUCAAGGCAGAUUCAUCUUUUGCCAGAGGCUAUGACCUGGAACCUGCAAGCUGUGUGAAAGUCACACACAAUGACACAAAUGAAUUGCCAUUUAAAGAGCACCAGAAUGUUAUUUCUCUGGAAAAGCAAAACAAUAGCUGUUCGUUGGACCAUCCUAGUGAGCAAGAGGAUGGGUCUGUUCAGCCGGUUGUAAAGGAAGACAGUCCUCAGCAAUGUGUUGGCAAAGACAAACUGGCUGAUAAAAUUAAACAUGAUACCUUGACACAAAAUAAUCUUGUAAAUUCUUUGGCAUUGCAUCAAGACAAAAAUCAUAGCCAGAUACAUCAGCACAGCACUUGGACUAAAGAGGAUUUAAAGUUGAUUAAAAAACAAGUUAUGCACAAGAAUACCAAAAGCACAGCAAUACAUAGAAAGAAAGCUCUGAGUGGACCUCAUAGCUCUGUUAGAAGUUCUGGGUAUGGAAAAUCCAGUUGUUUAUUAAAGCACUUUCCUGCUGGUAAUGAAAAGACAGAAAGCAUCAAAAAGCCAGUUUUGAAAUCCAAAUCUCCCCCAAGGCAAAAAGAAACUUCUGGAACUAAGAUAAUGCAGACAACAAAUGAUUCAGUUACUCCAAAAAGAAAUUCCUGUGCUAUACUUGGAAAGUCAUCUGCAAGUAGUCUUCAACAGCAAGCUAAGGAUUGCCUCCAGAUACACACUGUUGCUUCAUAUUCUCCUCUCCAAAAUAGUGAAAGGGAGCUUUAUUUACUAAAAAGGGUUCAGGAAGCCGAGGAAAAAUUGAAUGCAGCCAAUGAUUUGGUUCAACAUCUAAAAGCCACAUCUUUGCAAAAGGAGAAGGAAAUGGAGACAAAAAUCCUGGAAAUGAAAAUGCAACAAAAUAAAGAACUUUUUCAGCUAAACCAAGAAAAUUAUGCUCUUCGAACACAGCUAAAUAAUAGAGAAGAUGUAAACAAAGGAACAAAGUGGUCACACAUUUGGGGAAGAAGUCCAGAUGAUGGGGAAAUGUUGAAAGAAAUCCAAAAGGAAGUUCAAAAUCAAGAGACCCUUCUUCAAGGGUAUCAACAGGAAAAUGAAAGAUUAUAUAAGCAAGUGAAAGAGCUACAGCUGAAAAACAAGAAAAAUGAGGAAAAUAUGUUUAAAGAAAAUCAACGUUUAAUGACUGAAUUAGCAUCCUUACGAGAACAAGUGGAUAAAAAUAAUAUUUUAUCAUGUGGAGCAGUGCAGAAUGUUGAACCACCUAGUAAUCAGAGUUUCACAGACUUGAUUUUAGAACUUCGAGCAGCCAAAGCAAUAGAAACCAAUUUACUUGAAGAAAGAAAGCAUCUAAAGCAAGAAAAACAAGCUCUUGAAGUAGACUUGGCACAAGUGAAGAAGGAGCGAGAUUUGGCAAGAGUUCAGAUUGCUUCCACUUCAGCUGAAAAAUCAUAUGAGAUGAAAAUUAUGGAAGAAUCUUACAAAGAAGAAAUUACUCGUUUGCACAAAAGACUCCAGUGGUAUGCAGAAAAUCAGGAGCUCUUGGACAAAGAUGCAGCUCACCUUAGAGGAGCAAAGGAAGAAAUUGAUAAACUGAAACUGGAGGUUGACAAGCUUAGAAGUGAAGCUGGGAAUCAGUGUGCACAGCAAAAGAAAAGACUGAAGGACAGGGUGGCAGAUGCAAAACGGAUUCAAGACCUUGAGCGGCAGGUUAAGGAAAUGGAAAUGAUUCUGAAAAGAAGGCACCCAAAUUCUUUGCCAGCUUUGAUAUAUGCUGCAGCCACAGCAGCUUCUGAAGGAGAUGGUGAUGCUUCAGCCAGAACCAACACAGUUGAUUUCCUUGAAAGAAGAGUGAAAAAGUUAGAAGGAGAACUUGAGGGUAAAGAUGAUGAAGCUAAAAAAAGUCUUCGUGCUAUGGAACAGCAGUUUCAAAAAAUAAAGCUUCAGUAUGAGAAAAGGAUUGGGGAACUUGAACAGCUACUGGCCUAUAAGCUGCUGAAUGAACCACAGAAGCCUCAAGAUGAGACAACCCAUCUUGCAGCACUUGAGCAAGAAUUCUGCAAUGUAAACAAAGCCCAUGAAGUUGUCAUAAAAAACCUUCAAGCAGAAAUUGCUUCCCUUAGAAAUCAGAUAACUCAGCUAGAAAUUCAGAGGAAGGCAACAGAUGAGGCAGACCUACAGUCACUAGAAUACCAGGUGGAACAGACUCACGCUAAAGCAAAGUUGGUUAGACUGAAUCAGGAAUUGAUUGCCAAAAACAGAGAAAUACAAGACCUCACAAAAACUGUAGAAAGGCUUCAGAAAGAGAGGCGGAUUAUGCUGUCUGCAAAAGAGUCAUCUGGCAAAACUGCCAAUAAAGAAACAUCUUCAGGAAUCUUGAAAAAAGAUAUUGUCAGCUCUAAUCCAAGGAAUCCCAGAAAUGAAGAGCUCUUUCCUGAGAUGAUUAAUGAUAAAAAAUACCAGCCCAAAAUCUUUGCUGAUUCUCAUAUUUCAGAAGUCCUGCAAGAAAAUACCCAGCUGAAAGAUGAAUUAGAAAAGUUGACUCUUGAACUAAGCCAGCAAAGGAUAAAAGCUCAAGCGGCCCUAGCAAAUUCUGAAAAACUUGUGAAAAGGAAGGAAGACUUGGAAGAAUAUGUUGCAGCCCUUAAAGUAUCGCAUCAAAAAGAGAUGGAAGAGGUUCUUGGUCAGCGUGAUAUGCAACAUUCUGUAACAGAAUUAAAUAACAAAAUUUCAACGCAAGCGAUAUUUAUUAAACAUCUUCAACAACAAGUUUGUGAGUUGCAGAGAGAUCGAGAAGCCCUUGCAGUUUCACAGAAGAGAGAGGAAAUCCUUCAAAAAGAGAUGGCAAAGCUAUUAGAAGAACUUGGAGAGGCUAGAGAAAGCCAGAGCCCAGAGAUGAAACACUUUGUGUGUCUAGAAAGGAAGAUCAAACAGCUGGAAGCCAGAUAUGAACAAAGAGAGCAGGAACUUCAGCAGGUGAUAAAGGAAACACAGCAUAUUGCAGAAGUGGAACAAAUCCAGGAAACUGAGAAAUGGAAGAAGCUUGUACUGCUCAAGAAUCAAGAGCUGGAGAAAUUUCGCAUUGAACUAGAUUCAAUGUUAGAUGUUCUACAGCAACUGCAGAAGCAGGGUGUUAUCAUUCCAGUAAGUGGCUCAAACAUGCCUGAAAAUUACUGGAAGAUUUAAAUACAAAGAAGCUAUUGGAGAAAGGAAGUCUGAAAUAAAAAUAGCUGAAAGCAUUCCAUACAGGUCACCAGUUUAAUUUUAAGACUGUGUCCAAAUUUCAUCUGUAUAUGUUUAUUUUUAUUGUAUAUAUUAAA